UUUGCCGUUUCCGGUGUUUUUGUAGCAAAUUGUGCCUUUUUACUCAAUAAAUCGAGCGCCUACCCUCAUGUCAGUUUGACGUUUCAUUUGACAGUCGCUUCUUGCCCCAAAAAUCAAAAAAAGCUCAUUUCCAAGCAAUGGCAUUAAAAAGCGACUUUGCCCCGAUUCACACUGAGCGUGGAGCUAUUAAACCGUAAAUGAGCAAACUUGUUUAAGUUUGUCACAAGUCCUGAAACGUUCUAGUCAAUAAUGAGUGGUGGUUCGCAGCAAGUGAUUAAUUUUACGCUUUAUAUGUUAUGUUUUGAGAUACUUUCGACUAAUUCCCGCACUUCGACACUGUGGAAACUCAAUUCGGAUCAAACGAAAAUCAUUGAGGCUAAUUCCUUCCACCAGGUUGUCUCGUAUCCCGAGGGCUCGACUGGGGUGCAGUUCAUCACAGAGGAUGACCCCAUUUUCAACAUAAUCACGUCCACGGUGCAUUUGGGGCACUCGUGGAUUAAGGAACGAGUCGAGCAUUACUGUACCAACUGUCACGUUAAAAAUUUAAAACUUGUAAAUAGCACAAACAUGGUUGUGAAAAACUCUGUGACUAAAUCCGAACCGGACGAAGUCCUCGAUUGCGGAAAACCCGUCAAUUUCACCUACUACGACAACUUAGUUGGCGUUCUAAACCGAAACAAGCACCCCAUUGUCCCGGAGCCCCAAGCGGCUCUGAUUUUCACCAAAAAAACGAAAAAAAAGCUACAAGACUUCGACGUGGACGCUUUGGAGCGCAAACUCAAGAAAGCGAAGCGCGAGAAGCCCAAAUCGGUGCAGUUGUACAACCAAAUUGGCAAUUUUUGGCGCAUUAAAGGCGACGCCGAAAAAGCCAUCGAGUGUUUUCGGCGCGCUCUUGCCGUUUCGCCGCACAAUGCCGAGGUUUUGCUCAAUUUGGCGCGCGUUUUGUUCACUUUGCAAUACUUGGACGAUGCGAUUUACUUGACGAGGAGGUCGCUCGAGGUGCAGCCCCCGGAUAAGGGCGCCUGGCAGCAGUAUUUUACGCUGGGGGAGAUUCUUAAGGCUUAUGGACACUAUCAGGAGGCUUCGAUUCAUUUGAAACACACGCUGGAGCUAAAGCCGGGCUUUGAACCGGCGCAAAAUGCACUUAAGGAGAUGGAGACGAUGCCGACUGCCAGCAUACAUGUCUACACACUUGUUAUAAUUAUUUGCCUGGUUUUAGGUGUUUUGUUGGUGAUUUUAUCGUCUGUGGAUAAUAUGGGCGAGGGUGAGUAUGCAGAAGUGAAGACGCAACGGCAUUUUAACAAGGCAAUGGCGAUGAGGAGUUUGAAGGGGUUUGGGGGAUCACAGAAGCGCGCAAAGAGGAUUCUUGCCUAGUGUUGUACCUGGAUUGUGAUUAAUAAAUUGUCUGAAAGUUUAUAAAA